CGGAAACGGGAAAUGGAAAGAACUUUUGCGGAAAGGAGUGAUCGAUUGAGUACACUAUUUCCUUAUUUACUCUGCAUCCAGGAUUCCCCUGUUUUCCCUUCCUUUAUAUAUAGUUCAAAUUCACCUCCAAUCAUCAAAUUUCCAUAUAAAUAAUGCAAAGUAAUCUCCCUUAAAAACAAACCCUUAGCUUCUUUUUCAUUUUUUAAGCUGAAAAACAAUGCUAAACAACCAAGCUAUUUGAAGCUUCAUCAAUGGCGGACAACACCAAUAAAAACCCACAAGAAAUUGCAAUUCCUAUAUCAUCCAUAACAAAUGAGAAAUCUCCCAAAAAGGGAUUUCAGACCAAUGAAUUUGAAGCAAAACCCACAAAUUAUUCCUCUCGAUCUCUAGAAUAUUCUACUUUUAGCCCAAGCCCUAAAAAGCCAACCUUAAGAAGAAGAAACACUUUUAAGAUAGAAACCAGAUUUGGGGAACCUUCAGUUCCUCUUGACUCAAAAAUCUUGGCAAAUUUAGGUCCUAUACCGCGAUUUUUGAACCAAUCUUCCUUCUCAGAAACUUCUGGAAAACAGAGGGUGGGGCCAGAUGAGGAGGAGAUAUAUAAAAGGGUAACUGCUCAGCUGAGUAGUAGAAGGAGAUGGAGGAUGACUGCAUUAUUGUUACUUGAGUUGCUUGUUUUUCUGUUGAUUUUAGGUUGUUUGAUUUGUAGCUUUAAUGUUGAGGGUUUAAAGGGUGAAAUGUUUUGUGGGUUAGAGGUAUGGAAAUGGUUCACGCUUUUAAUGGUUAUAUUUUCGGGUAUGUUAAUAACUAGAUGGGUUGUGUAUUGCAUUGUGUUCUUGAUUGAGUGGAAGUUUCUUUUGAGGAAGAAUGUGGUGUAUUAUACUCAUGGCCUAAAGAACAUUGUUGUGGUGUUCAUAUGGAUAUUUGUGAUUCUUAUCACUUGGGUUGGGUUGUUUAAGCAUAAUUCUGAAACAUCCCCAAAUAUGACCAUGAAAACGAGGAACAUACUCGAAUUCUUUACUUGGAGUAUAGCUUCAUUACUCAUUGGGUCAUUUUUUUGGUUGAUUAAGACUACUUUGAUAAAGAUAUUAGCAUCUUCGUUUCAUUUGAAUCGGUUUUUUGAGAGGAUUCAAGAGGCUGUGUUUCAUCACUAUGUGAUCCAAACACUCUCGGGUCGACCCGUGAAUGAGUUGGCCCGUACACUAACUAGGGAAAACAGUUAUGAUUCUCAGUCUCAGGUGAGCUUUAAGGAGCAUAUAGGGAGUCACAAGGAGAAUAAGGUAAUUGAUUGGGAGAAGCUUCACCAAAUGAAGAAGGAUAAAGUACCUUCUUGGACUAUGAAGUUGUUGGUUGAUGUGGUUUCAAAUUCAGGUUUAUCAACAAUGUCUAGUAUUCUCAAUCAAGAUACAGUUGAAGGUGGGGUUGGAUUAAAUGAUGAUGAAAUCACAUGUGAAGAGGAGGCUAUAAGAACUGCUGUUCGGAUAUUCUACAAUGUGAUCGAUGAGGAUAUGAAUGAUAUCAAUGAACUCUAUAUUGAUGGAAGUGAUCUCCAUAGGUUCAUGAUUUGGGACGAGGUGGAACUUGUUCUUCCAUUAUUUGAAGUGAAUGAAAAAAACCAGAUUGAUUGGAAAGCCUUUUCCAAGUGGGUGGUACGAGUUUACAAAGAUCGACAAGCACUGAAACACGCUUUGAAUGACAACAAGACUGCUGUAGAUGACCUAAACAAGCUAUUGAAUGGAGUCCUGGUUAUUGUAAUGACAGUACUCUGGCUUGUUCUGACAGAAGUUCUUACAACAAAAAUGCUUGUGUUCUUAUCUUCACAGCUUUUGGUGGCUGUUUUUGUAUUCGGAAACAGUUGUAAGACCCUUUUUGAAGCGAUUAUAUUUGUUUUCGUUAUGCAUCCAUUCGAUGUUGGUGAUCGUUGUGUUAUUGACGAAACACUGAUGGUGGUUGAAGAAAUGAAUAUCUUAAUGACAAUAUUCUUGAAAUGGAACAUGGAAAAGGUAUGCUAUCCAAAUGCAGUUUUGGCUACUAAAUCUAUUGGGAAUUACUACAGGAGUCCAGAUCAGGGAGAUUCAUUCAAGUUUUCAAUCGAUUAUAGAACUCCACUCCCAAUGAUUGAACAACUCAAACACCGAAUUAAGCUGUACGUGGAGCAAAAUUCACAUUAUUGGCAUCCAGAGCAUAGUUUGGUUGUUAAAGAGAUCGAGAAUAUACAUAAGAUUAAAAUGGUUCUCUUUUUCACUCAUACUAUGAACUUCCAAGACAUCACUGAGAAGAGCAGGCGGAGAUCUGAAUUUGUGUUGCAAUUGAAGAACAUAUUUGAUGAUCUCGAAAUCUCUUACCAACUACUACCUCAGGAGAUUCAUCUUACUAAAAUGGCCUCAAAUUAUCUUGUUUGAUAGCCCAAGACUUCAUUUACACGCUUAUGUUAUAAAUACACGUUUACACCCAUAUAUUAAUUUGAUCGACUUAUGUAGUUAUGUCUCUCUCUAGAACCCUAUAGAAAUGAGUUAGAGUGUGUUUGAGUGUGAAUAAUCUGUGCAUAAUGACAAUGAUAAGUAUUUAUAUCACUGGCAUGAAAUGAAACAGCUAUUUUCUUCACCCGGUCUGGUCUGAUU